AUGAUUCAUUUAAAUUGCCCACACCAAUCCCUCAGAGAUAUAUCUUUCUUAUUUGCUCGUAUUUCUUUCUUAACGUUCCCCAAGCUCACUUUCCGAAGAAUCCCUCACAUCACUUGGAAGGAACUCAUCGGCAACAACGAGAUCCUCUCUUGGAGGUCUCUUCCCAACAUCAAGACCACCUUCCUUCAACAACGAGGUAUUCUUUUGAACUUCUCUUGCCAACAUCAAGGCUACCUUCCUUUAACAUCACAAUCAACGAGGUAUUCUCUUGGCCGUCUAUUCCCAUCGUCGGGGCUACCUUCAUUCGACAUCGCCAACACCGAGGUCUUCUCUUGGACAUCUCUUCCCAACAUCAGAGCUACCUUCAAUCAACAUCGCCAACAACGAGGUCUUCUCUUGGACGUUUCUUCCCAACAUCGGGACGACCUUCCUUCAACAUCACAAACAACUAGGUAUUCUCUUGAAAGUCUCUUCCUAACCAUUUUACUUCAACAUCGCCAACAACGAGGUGUUCUUUUGGACGUAUCUUCCCAACAUCAAGGCUACCUUCUUUCAACAUUGCCAACAACGAGGUUUUCACUUGGACGUCUCUUGCCAAAAUCAAGGCUACCUUCCUUCAACAUCACCUCCGCUUGGUGA